UAUUUUUGACUUAGAUUUUAUUUGCAGACAAAGAAAAUUUUAAGUUUAUGAUUUCUAUUUAAAACUUGAUAAUUAAAGUCAGAAUGAACACAUAUUAGUGCAAACGGUUUAAUAAUUAGUCAUGCCAGGUUUAGAAGAAAGUAUUUCACGCGAUACGAGUCCGCCUACGCACAGCCUAAUGUCCGAUGGAAUCGCCUCCGAGCAAGUAAAAAAAUUUUUGUUUACCUCCGGUAAAACUCAGGAUAACGUACAGUGCAACGAGAGUUUAGAAAUUUAUAUCCCAGAGUUACUUCAAGCUAAUUAUAGUUUUUAUACAUGGCCUUCUGCACCUGUGUUAGCUUGGUUUCUUUGGGAACAUAAAGAAGAACUUAUUGGGAAGAGAGUUUUAGAACUAGGAUCAGGUACAGCUCUCCCUGGAAUAUUAGCUAGUAAAUGUGGUGCUAUUGUAACUUUAAGUGAUUCCGCUAGUUUUCCUAGAAGUCUGCAACAUAUAAGAAGAAGUUGUGAAUUAAAUGGUAUCUUGUCACAAGUUCGAAUUGUUGGUAUUACAUGGGGAUUAUUUUUGUCUAGUUUAUUUUCUAUUGGUCCAUUAGAUUUAAUUCUUGGGUCUGAUUGCUUCUAUGAGCCAGCAUUAUUUGAAGAUAUAGUUGUUACAGUAGCAUUCUUAUUAGAAAGAAAUCCAAAUGCAAAAUUUCUUUGUACUUAUCAAGAAAGAAGUGCAGAUUGGUCUAUAGAACAUUUAUUGAAUAAAUGGAAUCUUACUUGUACUCAUAUAUCAUUGGCUGGUCUUGGUACAGAUUCUGAUAUAAGUAUACAUGACUUAAUGCAAGAUCAUACAAUUCACUUACUAAGUAUACAGCGUGCAGCUUAA